CUGUCAGUUUGUUCUACUGUUUCCAUCUCUCAGGCGCAUACACACAGUUUGUGUGUUUUAGCUAGAUUAACGCGCUAGCUUGUCGGAUAUAUUCAUUAGUUAGUGUUUAUUAAAAGACAUUGCACUUUUUUAAUGAGCUUUAUUAUAAAAUAAACAUAACUGAAAAAAGACAGGCCAGGUUAGAUCAGAGUGCAUUGGAUAUCAUAUAAAUUCUCUAUUAGUGACAGAUACAGCAUGGUUUGAUAAAGUAAAAGACUGUAAAGCAGCGAAUAUAUAUUUUUUAUAAUUGUAUUCGCUAGAUUAAGUGCUUUAUUUUCUCAGGAUCAGCCAUCAGUGCUGCACGGACAAGAUUAGAUCAUUACGGCUUAUAUCUGACCCUUUAUUUAUUACUUAAAUUUACAACUGAAUAAGCCAGAGAAUGUGUUCCAGGCUCCUUAUGUUUAUUAUUAUUUGAAUCUGACCAUAUUUUUUAACGCAAGUUUGUGAGAUCUGUUUGUGUGAUUAGCAUCCGCUUUAGCAUCCACACACUAGACGAGUAAAAGAUGUUUAGCAGAUAAAACUAGCUAAAUAGUAAUUGAAAUCUUAGCAAUAUUACCAGGCUUUUAUUUACUGUUUUGAAGUACAGCGUGUCUGUGGACAGAGUCGUUUAAUCGUAUUAAAUCUGUUCUGCUGAUCAGAUCUGAAGACAUUAGCCUGCGAGCUAACACGAAGGACAUCAGGAGGAUCUCACAACAAAACAUUGACUUAUUUAUUUACUCAUUUGUUAAUAACGAAAUAUAUUAGAUCGUCAUGAAAGAAGGGAGAGGCAUCUAAAUAAGAAGUCUUUCCGUGAGGAGGAAUUAACAUCAGUAUUAAGGAUUCCCAGCACUCGCAGGGUUUUUGAUCAUCCCAGCGCUCAGCGUGCUGGCUCCUCCCCCUCCCGGCGACAGCGUGCGCUCUCAGCCGACCCCGUGCACCCCUCGCUCACCAGGCCUGCGCACCCGAGCCCAUGCUCCCAGCUCCACGUGGCCCUCCAACGCCAUGUGUGUACCGCACACUAUGGAGGCGGGCAAGCACAGCGCCAGCCAGGGGCAGAGCAGCCAUGGGGGGGUUCCUCUGGAGCCUUUCAUUCACCAGGUGGGCGGCCACACCAGCAUGAUGCGUUACGACGACCACACUGUCUGCAAACCGCUCAUCAGCCGUGAGCAGCGGUUUUACGAGUCCCUGCCUCCAGAGAUGAAGGAAUUCACCCCCGAGUACAAAGGUGUGGUGCUGGUGUGUUUUGAGGGUGACUCUGAUGGCUACAUCAAUCUGGUGGCAUAUCCAUAUGAGGAGAGUGAGGGGCUGGACCACGAAGAGCUGUCCGAAAGAGAUCAGCCUCGCCGAAAACACUCUCGCCGUAGCCUCCACCGCUCCAGCAGCGAGCACAAAGAGGACCGACCAGCUCACGAUAGCGAAAGCAAUGACAAUCUGCAGGAGUUGAAGAGUCCUCGCCUGGACCUGCAUUCAGAUGUGCCCUUCCAGAUGCUGGACAGCAACAGUGGCCUGAGCUCAGAGAAGAUCAGCCACAACCCCUGGAGUCUGCGCUGCCACAAACAACAGCUCAGCCGCAUGCGCUCCGAAUCCAAAGACAGGAAACUCUACAAAUUCCUGCUGUUGGAGAAUGUAGUCCAUCAUUUUGUCUACCCCUGCAUCCUGGACUUGAAGAUGGGCACCCGGCAGCACGGUGAUGACGCGUCAGAGGAGAAAGCCGCCCGGCAGAUGAAGAAGUGUGAGCAGAGCACCUCGGCCACAUUAGGAGUGCGUGUGUGUGGCAUGCAGGUCUACCAGAUGGACACUGGUCAUUAUCUAUGCAGGAACAAGUACUAUGGCCGUGGUCUUUCUAUUGAGGGAUUUCGACAUGCACUCUUUCAGUUCAUGCACAAUGGAACGCAGCUGCGCAAAGACCUUUUUGAGCCAAUCCUGGGCAAACUAUGCAGCCUGAAGGCUGUGCUGGAGCGCCAGGCCUCGUACCGCUUCUACUCCAGCUCGCUGCUCAUCAUAUACGAGGGCAAGGACCCCGAGUCUGUGGAUGGCUGGCAGAAACCCUCAGAACUGCCAUCAGAAAAGGAGAAACAGGCCACAGUGCUCGGGUCUGUGGAGAACCCGCCGGCCUUAGAGCCCCAUACACGUCCUCAGUGUGGACGUGUGGACGUCCGGAUGAUAGACUUCGCCCACAGCACAUUUAAAGGUUUCCGGGAUGACCAAACUGUCCACGACGGACCUGACCGUGGCUAUGUGCUCGGACUAGAGAGCCUCAUCAACAUUUUGCAGGAAAUCCGCAAUGAGAAUCAGUAGCCGAACUCAUUGCUUAUUCAGUUGCAGCCUAGCAACUUCACGCAGACUGUUGUCAUUUUCAUAGAAAAACAAAGAUGUUUGUCAAACUAAAGGUUUGUGUUUUGUGUGUCUUAGUUAUUAUUUGAACCAUGAGGGAUCGGUGCACACAAUAAAUGGAGGUGACUUCUGCCUAUGAAGGUAUGAAGGUCCUGCUGUAAGGAAAGAAAUUGCUCCUAGCCUCCCCUCGACAGAAGGUGUUUUCAAUUAGUUUGUCACAUGGAUUCAGCGCCACCAUGUGGCCACUGAAGCACUGCAGGAAUGAACCGUGAACUCAGGCUGUGUACACUGUCAGGGUCUCUCUUUGAUUGUUGGAUUGCUAUUUAGAGAGAAAACACGUAUGUGUGUGUGUGUGUGUUUGUGUGUGAUUCUCAAGAAGAGAAGUCCAGGUCGCAUUUCACCCCAAAAUCCAAAUAAGAAAGAUGUUAUAUUGCAUAAAUAAAGCCUGUUUUAGGAGCUUUUAGAUUUUUUUUACAUUAUUUUCAUGAUAAAUUUAGCCUGAAUGCAUUUCUCCCCAAAUUCUUCUUGAAAACAUUUUCCAGACACAGAAUUCAUUAAUCGUACUUUGCCAUUUUAAAUACUGUAUCAUUAUUUGUUCACAUCAUACUGUACCAAUGAGACUGAUAGGGAAGAUUAGUUAUAAAAAAUAAUGUCACCAUGCAAAAAAAAAAAAAUCUUAACGCUUUUAAAAUACUUAAUGCAAUGUUGUAGUUGUUUUUUGUUUUUGUUUAUUUAUUUAUUUGUUGGGUGGCGGAGUGUGAAAUAUGAGAUGUUCUUGUUCCCUGUAUAAACACUCAGUAUUUCUUCAGGAGUUUAAAAGGGAGCAAAUUUAGCUCAGAAUAGUUGGUCAAAUCUUUACUUGAGGACUUGGGGGCAUUUAAAGGAGGUUUUAAACCACUCGUCUUUGACAAGAGGAUGAAUCUGGACUUGUGGGAAUAGUCGAAUUCACAGCUUAACUAUGCGAGCCUAUUUAACCGGUCACAUGAUGCUUUUUUAUUUUAUUAUUAUUAUUAUGUUUUGGCCGUUUUGGUAGCUAUCUUACUCUGUACAUUUAAAGCAAUCAUUACAUUUAAUGUUUUUACAUUUUUGUUGAUCCUCCUCUGUGAUUUAGCAGUCGUAGGGGUUUUGGUGGGAUAAUGUAUUUUUAGUCUUGAAUUUAGAUUACCCUUGUGUUACAAGAGUCUUUCCCUGUCUGUAACGUGGUUAUCAUUAAAGAGAAUUGUCUCACUGUAAAAUAAAUAAAUAAAAUAAUUUUCUUAAUCUGCCCAAAUAUUUAAACAUCCUAAAAAAUAAAUCACCCUGAAAAGCAAAAUUGUGUAAGGUAUAAAGAAUUGUUUGCAGAUAUUUUUACCCCUCUUUAUUUAAAA